CUGACAUGAUUCACUGAUUUUCUAAAUAUAAUUAUUUUAGCUGUAAUUAUUUUCAGACUCCUAAAAUGUUAUAAUAAUGAUUAUUUUUAAUGAGUUUUUAUGGUAUUUUAGGUUCCUCUUGAAUUUCGAGUCUUUCAAGUUUUUGCCAACUUUGAGAAGAAAUUGACUACCUGGACUAUGGAACUAAAUAUAAACAAUUGGUAGAAAGAACCCUGACAGCCUCACAGCAAAAUGAGGUUCUUUCUGCUACUUUCCGCCAUCGGGCUCUGCUGGGCUCAAUACACACCACAUACUUGGCAGGGACGCACGUCUAUCGUUCAUCUGUUUGAGUGGCGCUGGAACGAUAUUGCUGAGGAAUGUGAACGAUACUUAGCUCCAAAGGGAUUUGGAGGUGUACAGGUUUCUCCCCCCAAUGAAAAUAUUAUUGUAAACAACCCAUAUAGACCUUGGUGGGAAAGAUAUCAACCAGUUAGUUAUAAAAUAUGCUCAAGAUCUGGAGGUGAAACAGAAUUCAGAAACAUGGUGACUAGGUGUAACAAUGUUGGAGUCCGAAUUUAUGUGGAUGCUGUGAUCAAUCACAUGUGUGGUGACGGCAAUGGUGCAGGAACAAACAGUAUUUGUGGAAGUUACUACAAUACUCAAAAUAGGGAGUUUUCUGGGGUCCCAUAUUCUGCUUGGGAUUUUAAUGAUGGCAAAUGUAAAACUUCGAGUGGAGGCAUUGAGUCCUAUAAUGAUGCUGCUCAGGUCAGAGACUGCCGUCUCACUGGUCUUCUGGAUCUUGCACUGGAGAAGGAUUAUGUGCGUACCAAGAUUGCCGACUACCUGAACAAGCUUAUUGACAUUGGUGUAGCAGGGUUCAGACUUGAUGCUUCUAAGCACAUGUGGCCUGGAGACAUCAAGGCAAUUUUGGAUAAACUGAAUAAUCUCAACACAAAGUGGUUCUCUGCAGGAAGUCGACCUUUCAUUUUCCAAGAGGUAAUUGAUCUGGGCGGUGAAGCAAUUACAAGUAGUGAAUACUUUGGAAAUGGCCGUGUGACAGAAUUCAAGUAUGGGGCCAAACUAGGUACAGUUAUUCGCAAGUGGAAUGGAGAGAAGAUGGCUUACUUAAAGAACUGGGGAGAAGGAUGGGGCUUCAUGCCUUCUGACAGAGCCCUUGUCUUUGUGGAUAACCAUGACAAUCAACGAGGUCAUGGAGCUGGAGGAGCAUCUAUUCUUACAUUCUGGGAUUCCAGAAUGUAUAAAAUGGCUGUGGGCUUUAUGCUUGCUCAUCCUUAUGGAUUUACACGAGUAAUGUCAAGCUAUCGUUGGGACCGAUAUUUUCAGAAUGGAAAUGAUGUUAAUGAUUGGAUGGGACCACCAAACGACAAUGGAGUCAUCAAAGAAGUAACUAUCAAUGCAGACACAACUUGUGGCAAUGGCUGGAUCUGUGAACAUCGCUGGCGUCAAAUAAGGAACAUGGUUGCCUUCCGAAACGUAGCUGAUGGCCAACCUUUUUCAAACUGGUGGGAUAAUGGAAGCAACCAAGUAGCUUUUGGAAGAGGAAACAAAGCAUUCAUUGUCUUUAACAAUGAUGACUGGUCAUUGUCAUCUACUUUGCAAACUGGUCUACCUGCUGGCACAUAUUGUGAUGUCAUUUCUGGAGAUAAAAUUGAUGGCAACUGCACAGGAAUUAAAGUCUAUGUUUCUGAUGAUGGCAAGGCACAAUUUUUUAUUAGUAACUCUGCAGAAGACCCCUUUAUUGCCAUUCAUGCUGAAUCAAAAUUAUAAAGUUCAAAUUAAAUACAUGUAGAGAAAGCAUAA